AUGAAUCGAUCAAGUCCAAUCAAUUCCGAUAGGCUUAAAUACCUUCGUCGCUGUCAACGAAAACGAAAGUUGUCCCAAAAAUGGAACCAUGGCUUAUCUGACCUUCCUGACAUGGAUGAUUGUAACGAGAACUGCACAGCAUCAGUGUCUUCAUCUCAAAGAUUGAUGAAUGUGGAACAGUUAGAUGUAGAAAGACCAAUAGUACCUGAACUCAUUACAUCCUAUAAUGAAAGUAAAACAUUUGUCAAAGGAAAUUCUGUUGGUUGUCCAAUGAUUCAAAAGUGGCGUGAUCAAUUUUUAGGAAAAGGCAAACGUCUAGAAGGAAACGAAUGGCAUGUGGUUGAUGCAGCUCGCCAAGGUUUAAUCAAAGUAGGAAAGGCGGAAAAAUGCGCGAAAAAAGUUUUAGAUCGUAUUAAUAAAGAAUUUAAUCGAAUCAAGGGUCAAUCGCGCGGCAAAAUCGUUAUGUAUUGUAUUCGUCUGUACACACGCAACGUAUUUGUUAAUCGAGUAGUAAAUCGAGCACUCUGCAACGAAGAUGAAAGCUAUUUAGAAGGACUGGGACCAUUCUGUUACUUACUUACACUACAUAUCUAUGCGCCGACGACGCCUGCCUAUAACGGGACUGUAUAUCGAGGAUGCUCGCUUGAAUCAUCGGCGAUUGAGAAAUAUCGACAGGCUAUUGGACAAGGACCUGUAAAAUGGCUCGGCUUUACAUCGACAAGCAAGUCGAGUAUUGUUGCACGAUAUUUCAGUGAUAAUGUAAUUUUCAAAAUCACAUUGACAAAUUUCAGCAAUCGUUUCCAAUAUGGUCGACCAGUGGAUAUCUCACAUUUGAGUGAGAUGGACCAAGAAGAUGAGGACCUCCUAUCUCCCGGCAUCAUUUUUACUGUAGAGUCAAUAGAAGAAAAUUUGGAUGACGGUUGCACCUAUAUUCAUAUUUACGCUCACGGACACUAA